AUGUCUCAAACAAAUAUUGAAGAAAUUCCGUAUGGUUGCUUUGCGAAUUCUACAUUGAAAUACAUAGAAUUGCCUAACACGCUUUACAGAGUAUGUUCAUAUGCAUUUGAUUAUACACAAAUAGAAAUAUUCGAUCCAUACGUUAACUUGAAGUAUAUUGAACCAUAUGGAUUAUCAAAUUGCUAUAAUCUUACAAUUGCAAACUUAUCACAAACAAUCAUUACAAGAUUAGACCAAAAGGCCUUCUACGAAUGUCCUUCAUUAAAAGAUAUGUGGAUGUCCAGUAAAAUCACCACAGUUUUAUCACGAACAUUCGCAAACACAGAUAUCGCUCAUAUAAAGAUACCCAAACAACUUACAAAACUCGAAACAGAAGCGUUUGCAUACAGUGGAUUUCAUGAAUUUGAUUUUUCUGAAUGCCAACUUACAGAAAUUCCUCCAAAAGCAUUUUACAGUUGCCAUAAAGUCCAGAAAAUCAUUUUAUCCCAAAGUACUACCAUCAUUCGUGCAAAUGCUUUUGCAGAUUGUUCCGUCAGUGAAAUUGGUAUCUAUUCAUCACUAGAAACUCUUGAAGAAGGUUGUUUCUGUAAUACAUCCAAUCUCCGCAGUCUCGAUCUCUCAGCCGCGUCCGUAAAAACCAUUCCUAAAGAUGCAUUUCGAAAUUCAAACUGCGGAAAUUUAGAUCUUCCUUUAUCCCUUAUUACCAUCUCUGAUUUCGCUUUUGCCAAUGGACGUGUUGCACAUAUAAGUGUUGGAUCCAAACUAGAAUCGAUAGGUCUCAACGCUUUCCAGAACUGUUUGAAACUGUACAGUAUAAAUUUAAGUCAAACAGCUAUAAAAGAAAUCAAAGAUUUUACUUUUGAUAAUUGUUAUUCUUUGUCUUCUGUUUCUUUCCCUGUUUCUCUUGAAACAAUUGGCAUCAGGGCUUUCUAUGGCUGCAACUUCCCUGAAAUACACUUCCCACCUAAUAUCAAGACCGUUUCUGAAUACGCAUUCGCAAGUAUUUCGAAGUUGAAAACAGCAGAUUUAGAAUGCAUGGAUUACAAAAUAAUUGAAAAAGAAACUUUUGCAAAUUGCACGAGUUUGGAAGUUUUGAAAAUUUCUGAUAUAAAAACAAUAAAACAAGGUGCAUUUAGGAAUACUAAACUUCGUAAAACGGUACUGCAAUCAUCAAUAAAUGAUGUAUAUGAAGCUGCUUUCGCUGGUUGCCAGUAUUUGGAACAUUUCGAUAUGUCUAAAACAAACAUCAAAAAAAUUUAUUCUGACACUUUUGCAAAUUGUUCCAGAUUGUCAGAAUUUUAUUUUUCUCAAGAGACAGCUAUCAUUGAUUCAUCGGCUUUCUACGGAUGUGCCUUAAAACUCUUUAAAGUUCCGAAAUCAUUGCAAACAUUAGGAGAAUUUGCUUUAUCUCAUUUGACAUUUUUAGAUAGAAUUGAUUUGACAAAUACAAGAAUAGAUACAAUCAAAACAGGCUGUUUUUGUUAUUCUACGAAAUUAAUUGAUAUUAAAUUACCUCCUAUUGCUGCAAUUGAACCAAAAGCAUUCGAAGGAUGUUCAAAUUUAAGAAUAAUUAUGUUAAAUGGAACAUAUGUUAAGUUAUUACCUGCAGUUUGUUUCUUGAAUUGUUUUAGACUUGAAAAAAUCAUAUUCCCUUAUAAAUUGGAAACAAUUGACCAACAAUGUUUCGCAUUUACUAAUUUGAGGAAGUUUAAAGCACCUGAUACAUUAAGAACAAUUAAAAAAUAUGCUUUCUAUUCUUCCCAAAAUUUAAUUUCAGUUUCAAUGAGUACAUCUCAAAUUGAAGUGAUUCCUGAAGGUGUUUUCCUUCAUUGCACUUCUUUAACUAAUAUAUCAAUGCCAAUUAUGGUUAAAUCAAUUGGUUUGGAAGCUUUUGCGUUGACAAAUAUUUCAAAAUUUCCAAUUUGCCAAAAUUUGAAUAACCUUGGUCCAAAGUGUUUCUACGGUUGCCAGAGCUUAGUACAUGUUAAUCUUGACCAGUCAGGGGUUAGUUAUAUACCAGAGUUUUGUUUCUAUAAUUGUAAGAAAUUGAGAAAAAUUGAAUUUAACGGUUAUUUGUCAGAAAUUAUUUUUGGCAGAUUUUGUUUUUCGAAUACAGGUUUUAGGUCAUUUGAAUUUCCUCAUAUAACAACUGAAGUAAAUGAAGGAAUAUUCUCCAGUUGCAUUGACUUAGUUUAUGUUGAUAUUUCUCAAGUUAAUGUUAAUUUUAGUUCUUCUAUUUUUGAAGGAUGUUUACAUUUAGAAACAUUGAUGAUUUCUACAUCAUUACAAGAAUUGGGAUCGAGAUCAUUAGUAGGAACAGCUCUUGAUAAGUUUAUUGCACCUCCUUCUCUUAGCAGAAUCGGAUCAGGAAGUUUCGGAAAUUGUAGAUUUUUAAGGGAAAUUGAUUUGAGAAAUUCAAAAGUUUCUGUGAUUCCUGCUGAGUGUUUUUCAUUAUGUCAUUCAUUGAAGAUUAUAUAUUUUAAUGAUCAUAUUACAUCAAUAGGUUCUUGUGCGUUCAUGCAAACUAAAUUAGGAAAAAUAAUUCUUCCUCAAAAAACAUUUAACAUUGAAAGAUGUUUGUUCAAAGAUUGUCAUUCAUUGAUUGAAGUUUGUUUGAGUUAUACAUCGAUAACAACAAUUCCUUAUCAAUGUUUUGCAGGUUGUAAGCAUCUAAAGAAAGUAUUACUACCCGAAUCAAUCAAUACAAUUGGAAUUGAAUCAUUUGCUUCAACGAAAAUUAAAUCAAUAAAUUUGCCAAAAACAACAAAUUUAAUUGGAUCAAGUUGUUUCAUGUUUUGUGAGAAUUUAAAGAAGAUUGACUUAUCAGCAACGAAUAUAGAAGUAUUACCACCUUAUUUGUUCUAUAAUUGCACUAAUUUAGUUGAAGUUUCUCUUCCAAUUCUUUUAGUAGAAUUAGAUCAAACUUGUUUCGUUGGAUGUUCAUCAUUAACAGUUUUCGAAUACUGCGGAUAUGGUGACCAUCAAACAACGAAAUUACCUUCAUUCGUGAAUGAUGAAAUGGAAAUUCACGUUAAGAAGGAUUUCAAGCAUAAGAAGUUCUUCGGCCUGCAAGUAAUCAAAGGUUACUACUGCGGAACAGCUCCAGAUCCAACUCCAAGACCAACUGAUAAAUAUUGGAUGAUGUCUGAAGAAAAAAUUGAAAAAAGAUCGUUUGCUACAUUCGCAUUACUUUCGAUGUGCAUAGCUAUUGUGUUGACAUACGCAACAGCAUUCUAUUAUAUCACAUCUGAAAAUAGAAGAGAUGGAUAUUCCCUUCUUCAAUGA